AUGGCCACAUUAGAAGAUCUAGAGAACAAUCCGGAUUUACAGAUCGAUGACGAGAUUUUGAAUUCCUCAACUACGGACAUCAAAAAUAGAACAAAGUUGCUAGAUAACGAGAUUAGGAUAUUCAAAUCAGAGUAUCUAAGGCUACAGCAUGAUAAGACUGUGAGUAUGCAGAAGAUCAAGGACAACAAGGAGAAAAUCAAGAACAACAAGCAAUUGCCGUAUUUGGUGGGCAAUGUUGUAGAGUUGCUUGAUUUGGAUGCCGAGGAAAACGCCACCAAUGAAGGUGCCAAUGUUGACCUUGAUUCCACCAGAGUGGGCAAGUCUGCUGUUAUCAAGACUUCCACGAGACAGACGGUGUUUUUACCUUUGAUUGGGUUGGUUGAACCUGAGAAGCUUAAACCGGGGGACUUGAUUGGUGUCAACAAGGACUCCUACUUGAUUCUUGACACGCUACCUUCCGAAUACGAUUCGAGAGUGAAGGCCAUGGAGGUUGACGAAAAGCCUACCGAGUCAUAUGCCGAUAUUGGUGGGCUUGAUAAGCAGGUGGAAGAAUUGGUGGAAGCAGUGGUGUUACCAAUGCAACAAGCUGAAAAAUUCAAAAAUUUGGGUAUUAAGCCUCCAAAGGGUGCCUUAAUGUAUGGGCCUCCUGGUACUGGUAAGACUUUAUUAGCAAGAGCAUGUGCUGCACAAUCAAAUGCUACUUUCUUAAAAUUGGCGGCUCCUCAAUUGGUGCAGAUGUUUAUUGGUGAUGGUGCAAAGUUGGUUCGUGAUGCUUUUGAAUUGGCAAAGGAAAAAGCUCCAACCAUUAUAUUUAUUGAUGAAUUGGAUGCAAUUGGUACCAAGAGAUUUGAUUCGGAUAAAUCUGGUGAUAGAGAAGUGCAAAGAACAAUGUUGGAGUUGUUGAACCAAUUGGACGGGUUUGGAUCGGAUGAUAGAGUUAAAGUUUUGGCGGCAACAAACAGAGUCGAUGUUCUAGAUCCUGCUCUAUUAAGAUCGGGUAGAUUGGAUAGGAAAAUUGAAUUCCCAUUGCCUGCUGAAGAGUCUCGAGCUCAAAUUUUACAAAUCCAUGCAAGGAAAAUGACGGUUGAUUCCAGUGUGAAUUGGAAAGAACUUGCUAGAUCUACAGACGAAUUCAAUGGUGCACAAUUGAAGGCCGUUACAGUUGAAGCGGGUAUGAUUGCUUUAAGGAAUGGACAGUCUGUCGUAAAGCAUGAGGAUUUUGUAGAAGGUAUUGGCGAAGUCCAAGCUAGAAAGACAAAGUCGGUCUCAUUUUAUGCUUGA